CAUUAUGACAGUCAAGAUACUUCACUUCACUAAUAUCAUUAAUUGGAUACAAGUGUAAAAUAGAAUAUUGUAAUUAUUGCCAUAAUAACAUCAAUCAGAGAUUUCUUCCCGAAUUAAAACAUGUUCUUUAAGACAUUAUUUUCACUCAUGAUUCUCUCUUCACGUGUCUGUUUAGAAAUUAGAACAGGAAAAAACAUAGGCAGUAAUGAAGAAUCAAGAAUCCACUUCAAACCAUCUCUCACGUUCUAUGAAGCAGAAGCACCACCAUCAUCACUUGCUUCUUCGUCUUGUGUUAGCCCCUUUCAUCCACAAGCUCUUUUCUUUGUCAAGCACCGAGGAAAAAGAACCAAGCUUUUCUCUUGAACAAAUCCCAAUAGCAAUGCCAAACAAGGAGACUAUAUCGUACAACAUGGUUUCCAAUUCUUGCAGCAAUGGCUUAGUGUGCCUAUACUCAGAUUUUCACUGUGGAAGGGAAAUUGCUCUAUGCAACCCAACAACAAGGGAUGUUAAGUUUCUUCCAAUUUCCAAUUUGGUCACGGAAGUAAAAGAUGGCAUGGUGCUAGGAGUUGGAAUGGGACAUGAUUAUUACAAAAUUGAUGAUUACAAGGUUGUGAGAAUGUGGAUUAGUUACCUUGAAUGUCGCUGCAAGAAGUACAUUGUUGAGGAAUAUUGCUUGAGUACUAAAUCAUGGAGAAUAAUUGAUAGUGCCAAUCCAUAUUGUUGUGAUUUUGAAGCUUCUUGUUUCGCUAUGCAUUUCGAUGGGUUUUAUUUUUGGUGGGCUAAGCUUCAAGACUCAAGUCCAGUAGUUGUUGCAUUGGAUGUGGGAGGAGGGUAUUUCCGCAAGGUACAUUUGCCGAAACGCGCUGAUAUUGGUAGCGAAAGUGGAAGAUAUUUGGGCGUUUUGAAUGGCUUUGUAUCAUUGGUUUGCCGCGAUGAUCGUCAUUCCAACAAUGACAACUUAGACAUUUGGGUGAUUGAUGGAGCCGUUUUCAAUAGUUGUACUUCUUGGACCAAAUUGAGGACUCUAAAUCUUGCUCCUUGUACUCCAUUGACGUUUUGGAAGGGUAAGGAGCUUCUUGUGAAAAUGUUUGAUAUGCUGAAAUCCUAUGAUGUUGAGAGUGGUGAGAUUCAUCAUGUUAGUACUGAUGUUGGAGGACAAGGGAUUGCUGAUAUAUGUCAAGCUAUACCUUGUGUGAAGAGUCUUGCUUCAAUUUAGGGAUGAAAUUAGUAUUAGUUAGUAGCUAACCAUGAUUAUGAUGAUGCUAAUUCGCUUUAAAAGUGGAUUAAUUCUUCAAUGUACAAUGUUUGAUCAAGCAUGAAUUUUGAUAGAUGAAUCUGAGUUUUAUUUUUUUCACCCAACUAAUUGCUCUUAAUAAGUUUCAUUUUGGUCACAAAUAUGUUAUUUCUUUAGGAAAAUGCUGUGGGGCACGACUUUGGGCCUCGUGCACCACGCACGAAGCACUUUCUGGCGGUUUUAAACCGCCAGAAACCGUAACUUUUUUUUUUGACAGUUGUAAUUUUGUGGCGGUUUAAAACCGCCACUAAAUGAC